AUGGCCGCCCUGGACUCAGAUCUGACCCUGUGCCCUGAGAGGGCUAUGAAACAGAGACCAGAGGCCAUGGCCAUGACUCAGAUAGGCCAGCAGGACAACGCGGAGGUGCGGCUCUCCAUCAGCAGAGACAUCAGUGGUGCAGACCUGCUCCACAGCCUGCUCAGUGCUCCCUGGCUCCGGUCACUACUGAGGGUGAUGGCCAAUUUAAGAGAGGUCACGACCCCUACACCAGAGAUUCUGGAGCUGUACCAUCUACUGGAGAAGCCUCACGUACAGGCCCUGCUGCUCACGCACGACACGGUGGCCAAGAAGGACUACGACCCCGUGCUGCCGCCCGUCCCCGCCGACAUGCCUGCCGACGAGGAGGCCAUGAGGAUCGUGUGUAUGGUCAAGAACAAGCAGCCCCUGGGAGUCACCAUCAAGAAGGACCUGAAGACCAAGGAAAUCUUUGUGGCCAGAGUCAUCCAUGGAGGCCUAGCUGACCGCAGUGGUCUCCUGAACCCAGGUGAUAAGCUGGUUGAGGUGAAUGGGAGGCCUAUGAGGGGACUGGAGCCAGAACAGGUCAUCCAGAUCCUGACCAACUCACGAGGAAAUAUAGUGUUCAAAGUCAUCCCCAAUUUAACUCAGCCAGACAACCAGCAAGCCACGGUGUUUGUGCGGGCCAUGGCGGACUACGCCCCUGUGCUGGACCGCACUAUCCCGUGUGCGGACGCAGGCAUGGCGUUCCAUAAGGGGGAGCUGCUGGAGAUCGUGGACCAGAGCGACGCCCUCUGGUGGCAGGCCAGGAAACUGGACAGCUCCGCCGCCUGCGCGGGACUCAUACCGUCCACCAACUCGCUCAAGAAGAAACUGAGGGAGGUGUGGUUCUCUGAGCCACCUCAACGACACACCUGCAUCAAACCCUUGGACUCGUUUGAUGACGAUGAUGAUGAUGACGACGACUUAGGGGUCAUUGAUCUCAAGUUUGACGACACAGAUGAGGACGCUAUUGAAACCGGUAGACGAGCACUCAGAAGGUAUGAGGCUGAGAAUGACUACACAAGGGAUGGUAUUUACAUAGCUGGGUUCCGGCGCAGCAUUCGCUUGUGGAGGAGGAGGACUCAGAGCAAGCGGCGUCAGUCGUGUCACUCAUGUUGCCCUAGUAACAGCCAUGGCUCACUAGCCAAUCCCUACGAAGAGGUGGUCACCUUUCAGAGGAACCCUGAAGACCCACCCCGCCUCAUCGCUCUAAUAGGUCCAUCUGGAGUAGGAGUGAAUGAGCUGCGUAAACGGAUCAUCAAAAUCAACCCCAUGAAGUUUCAAGGGGCUGUUCCUCAUACAACUCGACCCCUGAAGCGCUCAGAAGAGGCUGGGAGAGAGUAUCACUUCAUCAGCAGGGAGCUGUUUGAGUAUAUGGCCUGCAAUCACAGGUUCCUGGAGUACGGGGAGUACAAAGGCCAUUUCUAUGGGACCAGCGUGGACGCCAUCAAGGAGGUGAUAGACAGUGGCAAAGUGUGUGUCAUCGACAUCGAGCCACAUAGUCUCCCGUCCAUCAGGACCAAGAGGCUGCAGCCGUUCAUCAUCUUCAUCCGGCCGCCCAGUCUCGAGCGCCUGAGACAGACGCGCCGGAGCGCCAAGAUCUUCACCUUCUACCACAUCGAGCGCAGCUUCAGGGACGAGGACUUCCGUGAGAUGGAGCAGACGUCAGGGCGUUUGGAGACGCUGUACGGUCACUACUUUGACCGGGUGCUGGUGAACGAGGACCUGAGAGAGACCUGCCUCCAGCUCUUCAACCUGAUCCAGCACGCCCAGGAGGACCGGCAGUGGGUUCCCACCGCCUGGACACUGCCUGACGAACCCUAACGCACGCACACA